GGGAAGGGGAGUGAGCUUGUCGGGGUGUGUUGAAGGGGAUAGUGAGGUACAGAGGGGGAGGAGGGAGGGCUGAUGGCUCCAAUGGGGGUGAGUGUGUCCCGGGGUCGGGUGUUGCUCUGCAUCCUGCUGACUACCGGCAUGAUCUAUUACCUGUACUCCAGGUUCGGCAGCUCGGGGCUGGGGAGCGGGGAGACGAAGGUGGACCUCCGCCAGCUCCUGUCUCUGGCCAUCAGGGCGGCGGAGGAAGGAGGUAAAGCCGUGCGGGAGGUGAAGGAGUCGGACUCGCUCCACCAGAGGUCCAAAGGCAAAACCAAGGAGGGCGCGGACGAGAUGGUGACCAGCGGCGAUUUGCUGUCACACCGGAGGAUGACCAGUUUGUUCAGUAAUACUUUCCCAGGCCUCAAGCUGAUUUCAGAGGAACAUGAUAACUCUGAAGUAGACAAAAGCCUCACAUGGAAUUAUGAAAUCCCAACAUUAAUCCAGGAAAGCAUUGUUGAUGCCAGGAUGGUACCAACAAAAGCAGUAACGAUAUGGAUUGAUCCAUUAGAUGCAACUCAGGAGUAUACAGAGGAUCUGAAACAUUUCGUAACCACUAUGGUGUGUAUAGCUGUACAUGGAAAGCCAAUCAUUGGAGUCAUACAUAAGCCCUUUUCAAAAUACACGGCUUGGGCUAUGGUUGAUGGUGCUUCAAACAUUCAUCCACGGAAAACAUACAAUGAGAAGACACCUACAGUAAUUGUCUCCAGAUCCCAUGCAGGAGCAGUGCUGUCUUACAGCAAAGGAGCUUUUGGAAGUAACACGACAGUUAUCCCUGCUGGUGGAGCAGGAUACAAAGUUCUUUCACUUUUGGAUACUAGAGAAGAUGUACAACCUGACAGCGCAGAUUUGUACAUCCACGUUACCUUCAUUAAGAAGUGGGACAUUUGUGCCGGUAAUGCCAUCCUGAAAGCUCUCGGAGGUCAGAUGACAACAAUUGAAGGCGACAACAUUGAUUACAGUGACUCUCCUUCCAAUACUGGUGGACUUGUAGCAACUGUUGGGAUAGAUCACCAUGCUUUGCUUAAACGAUUACCUGAUCUUAAAAAUCUUGCUCCAAAAAUGUAGACUUUACAGAAGCUUGAGAAAAACGGUCUCUCUGCUGUUUUGCUCAUUGUGGUGAAAAUCACUGUAGCCUGCUCAAUAUUUCAUAAAUAAUGUUGAUGGGUUUCUUCUCCAUUGCCUAGGAAACCAAAUCAACUCUGAGGUCUCCUAAAGCCAUUUUUAUUGGUCAAAUGAUUAAAAAAUUUAAUUUCAACACUGUUUCCCAAAAA